AUGAUGUCCUUUGUCUCGCUGCUCCUGGUUGGCAUCAUGUUCCCUGCCAUCCAGGGGAAGCAAUUUACAAAAUGUGAGCUGUCCCAGGUGCUGAAAGACAUGGAUGGCUAUGGAGGCAUUGCUUUGCCUGAAUGGAUCUGUACCAUAUUUCAUACUAGUGGUUAUGAUACACAAACCAUAGUCAAUGACAACGGCAGCACAGAAUAUGGACUCUUCCAGAUCAAUAAUAAAUUUUGGUGCAGGGACAACCAGAUCCCUCAGUCAAGGAACAUCUGUGACAUCUCCUGUGACAAGUUCCUGGAUGAUGACCUUACUGAUGACAUGAUUUGUGCCAAGAAGAUCCUGGAUAAGGAAGGAAUUGACUACUGGUUGGCCCAUAAACCACUCUGCUCUGAGAAGCUGGAACAGUGGCACUGUGAGUUGUGAGUGCCUGCUGUCUUUGCUGUUUCUGCCCUCUGUACGUUCCUGGAAUGCCUCUCCCCUAAGGCUACCUCAGUUUGCUUCUUUCUACCCCCUUGAAGCUGAUUUGUCUCUGAGCCCUGAACCCUGUAGUAACACCAUUGGACACUUGAGAAUGAUUCUCCAGGGAUGUGUGACUGGUACACUGGACUUUUGACCCUUUGUUAGUGACCCCUGAUGGCACUUUGACCACACAAUGGAUUCCAUCCCUGUCUUGA